AACCACCCACUAAACGGCGAUGGAAGCAUAGAAGACAGAGAGAAGGGAGCAACCGGAGAAAAAGGAGAAAGUGGAGGUUGUCGUUGCGAGAGUACUGUUCAUCAUCUUCUUCAACUUUGACGAAGCGGCUAUGGCGGAUGAUCUGGAGAAUACACAGACGACGUCGACGAUUUUAUUUGCGCCUAUUUCUUUGGCAUCAUCGAUCUGUGCUUUAUAGAUGCAGAUGACACCUAUGUCCGUUUCUAUAGCCCGUAGAUCUGUGCUCCAACAUAGCCCGAUUCUAUGGUUCAUUUCUAUCGUUCACAAUGAAUUGCAUAGGCCGACAACCUCAAUGAAGAAGACACGGCAACCACCGGCUACCUCAGAAUACAAAUAGGACUCAAUGUGGAGAUGGCAAUGACAAAUAUAGGGGUCUCAGCAAGGAGAUGGUGCAAGAGUUGGAAAGAUUCCUUCAAAAACAAUCUCAAUUUAUGGGGCGAAACGGAUUCUUAGAAGCAGUGGGACUGAAACAGAGAAGACAAAGAAACCUGUGGGAACAUUGUCGCUUAAGAAUGGAAAAGGUGAAGGUAGUUACCAGAGUACUAUUCAUGUUCUUCAACAUUCGACACAGCAGUGCAGUAUAUGUCAAGAUUGAUGACAUCAAAAUGUUAAGGAUGAGAUGAAUGAAGCUGUCCAGUAUAAUGUGGUGGCACCCUAACAUGGGUGCACCCAUGUGGUGGCACCCUAGCAUGGUCCUUUUCAUAUUCGCUGAAUAUAAGUGCUUCAUAACAUUUUUGUUAUGAAGGAAAUAUGUAUAUCCUAAUAUUAAAAACUGAUAGUACUA